UACGAACUACAUUUCCCAUUAUCCUUUGGGGUUGGCGCUUGCGCAAUAUGUUUUUCCAUGGCCUUUGUUGGUCCGGUGUUGGGUGCUUGUUAUUACCAUAGAGUGUGGAAAAGAACAUAUAGACUUUAAUAUAUAAGCACUAACCUGUCGUACGAGGUUACAGUGUGAUCUUCUACCUGCCAUGAGAGCUGACCACCAGGUCAGCCGUAUCCCUUCCUUCUGCAGUUGAUGGAUCUGCAGCUGGUACAGAGAUGACAGACAGCGUCAGGGCCUUCCUCCGCAAUGUUGCGACGGGGAUUAAAGACUCCAUAUUGGGGAUUGGAACAAUAUCCAAGCUGGAUGCCCGCAUUCAGCAAAAAAGGGAGGAGCAGCGGCGGAGAAGGGCCAGCGGGGCUUUGGCACAGAGACGGGCACAGAGUGAGGAACGUAAACCCGACAGUGACCCAAAAGUAGCUAGUAGGAUCUUUCAGUGCUGUGCCUGGAAUGGAGGAGUGUUCUGGCUUAGUCUGUUUCUCUUCUACCGGGUCUUUAUCCCACUGCUGCAGACGCUCACAGCAAAAAUUAUCGGUGACCCCUCACUCCAUGGCAGCGUCUGGUCCUGGCUAGAGUUCAUCCUGACUUCCGUCUUCGGUGCGCUAUGGGUUCUCCCACUGUUUGUCCUCAGCAAGAUAGUUAAUGCCAUUUGGUUUCAGGACAUAGCUGACCUCGCAUUCGAAGUGUCUGGCUGUAAAGCACAGCCGUUCCCCAGUGUAAGCAAAAUCAUCGCAGAUAUGCUCUUCAAUCUCCUCCUGCAGGCACUCUUCCUAAUUCAGGGUAUGAUUGUUAGCCUAUUUCCCAUUGAUGCCAUUGGACAGAUGGUCAGUCUGCUACACAUGUCUCUACUCUACUCCCUGUACUGCUUCGAGUAUCGCUGGUUCAACCACGGCGUCGAGAUGCACCAACGGCUGUCUAAUAUCGAGAGGAACUGGCCCUAUUACUUUGGCUUUGGUUUGCCCAUGGCUUUGCUGACAGCUUUGCCUUCAUCGUACAUCAUCAGCGGCUGCCUGUUCUCCAUCCUCUUCCCUCUCUUCAUCAUCAGUGCUAAUGAGGCCAAGACGCCAACAAAGCUUUACCACUUUCAGCUACGUCUCUUCUCGCUGGUCGUGCUGAUCAGCAACAAGCUUUUCCACAAGACGGUCCACCUGCAGUCCUCCAUGACAUCGUCCACGUCCUCAGAGAGGCUGACGUCUCCCCACGCGUCCCCAGCCAGACAAAGGCUUCUGCCCACCCACUGAUGGCGAUGAUGCUGCACGAAGGAGUGACGCAAUGAUUCUUCUUCCACAGCAAGAAAACAUGUUUUUAUCUCAUCUUGGCCCUUUGAGUCGUAUACCGUUUGGUCACGGUGUCAGUGUGACACACACACACACACACACGCCCGGUUUUACACAUUAUUUAUCAACAAAAAAAGUUUUCUUCUGUGAUUUUUGUAUAAUGUGCCAUCUGCGACUCUCCUUUAAGAAAUAACAGCACAGUAAGUCAUACACAGUGGAGCAGGGGUGUCCUAAGCGGGGCCCGGGGGCCAUUUGCUGCCCGCAGCUGGAAUAUUCUACAUAUAAUAUUAACCAUUUCGAAGGAGAAUUUGAAUGUUUGAACAAGAUAUCACACAAUAAUUACCGAAAUAUAUCUCAUAAUGACGAACGCUGGAGUGUGGUUUUGGAGAUUUUUAUUUAAAAAUAUAUAUGAAGAACCUAGCGGAAAAACAUGUGGGCACCCCUGGUGUAGCAUUUGAAGGAACGUAUUUGCUUUUAGAAGCAAAUAGAUUAUGUUUACCUGUUUGUCUCAUAUGUUCCUGUCUACUGUGCCAGCAGUUCCAGGAAGAACCGAGUUCCAUCAAAGGGAGGAUGUUAUUUUUUUUCUGUAUGUUUAAAUCAAAUUCAUAAGUGGGGAGCUGCAAGGAUUUGGGACCUGCCGUGACACAAACCAAAACGGCGUCACUUGUUAUAUAUGCUGAUAAAUGGUUUCCUUUGUUUCAGUCAAAAUGGGAUGUAUUUACUGCAAACUGCAAGAUGACCAAGAAGACCUCUCGAUUGGCAGUCAGUGUAAAGGUGAUCAUGAAAUGUCACUGACAAGCUGCAUCACGUCAACUAUUUAUUUCCAAUGCUAAAAAAAAUAAUACUGACAAAGCAUUUUAUCCUGACAGACGUGUGCUUAACUUACUCUUGCUUUCUCCAGAAUUCAUCUUCAUAUUUUUUUGUGCUGUAUUUAAGAAACACUGAAGGUUCCACCACCAUGCAAUGACCCACCCAAUACCGCCCCAUUCACUCAACGGGUUGCAGAAUGGCCUUUAUGACCACACAAGUUUAAUGACUUUAAAAACAGGAUGGUGUUUGUGCAAACUGAUGUUUGUGAGUGAAGUUUUGUAAUGGAAAUGUAUCUCAUUUCAAUAAAGUGAAUCAGUAUUUAACAGCAAAGUUGUACUCCAAUACCAAGCGAG